UUCCCAACUUUCAUUGCUUUGCGAACUUUGAAUGAUUAUCCCUGACUGCAUACGAAACGUGCAGUCUCUCGUCCCGAGACCACAACCCACAUACCUUUCAAACCUAGACUUCUAUAGACCUCGCAAAAAUGGCCAAGGACCCCACCCUCAAGAAGAAAAGAAAGUCAGAGGCCGUCGCGAUGGAGGUAGAUGCGCCUGCCGAGGGGACCGCCAGUGCCGUAGCGGUCGAGGCCGAUGUCGAAGACGCACAUGCCAAGAAGAAGGCCAAGAAGGAGAAGAAGGAGAAAAAGUCCAAGGGUGACGAGACCGUCGACGCUGGGAACGUGACGACGGUCACCGAGGCCGAUGUGACCGUAGCUGGGGAUGAGAAGAAGAAGGCAAAGAAGGACAAGAAGGAGAAGGACGAGGAAGAGACUGCCGACCUGAACCCCCCUACCCUCACCCCGAUCGCCUCUCCGCUCGCACCCAAGAAGCUACACAAAAAGAUCCUCAAAACCACCAAGAAAUCCUCCAAGGCCCGUCAACUGCGUCGAGGUGUCAAAGAGGUCGUCAAGGCCCUGAGGAAGGGCGAGCAGGGAUUGUUGGUUCUGGCCGGGAACAUUACGCCGGUGGACGUCUUGAGCCAUAUGCCGCUUUUGGCCGAGGAGUGUAAGGGGGUGGAAUAUGUUUGGGUGACUAGCAAGGAGGAGCUCGGAGCUGCCGCAGGGACGAAACGGGCGACCUCGGUCGUCCUCCUCUGCUCGACUCCCCGUAAACGACCCACCCCGAAAGCCGGUGAGGCACCCAAGCCUGCCCCUACACAGGAAGAGAUCGACGAGUGGUUGUCCCCCCUGAACGAAUGUAUCAAGGAGGUCAAGGAGUUGCCCGCACAGAACAUCGUAAUCUAGGUUGGGAGUUGGUGCGAGCGGGGAGACAGGCCGCGUGGCCUUUUGAAUUAGCUGGAGGAGGGGAGAGUUACCUGACUCCAUUUGUUAUUUGUUUUUGGCUCGCUUUAUAUCAAUGACUGUAUGUAUAUGCACACGCGCUCUCAGGCUAGGCAGAGUCAGGUACAGAGCUCGAUGGACCUUUGUCUAAGGAUCGAAGGACGCUGUGACAUCGGAUUCUUGAAAGGCUCGGAUGACAGAUAGGCUUGACGGCCUGGAAGUUUUGAAGAUCCACCAUGUCUUGAGGAAAGCUGGUAUGGCCGAUUGAAUGGCAAGAAGCCGAGAGCGAGUGAGAGCGCAUCACACGACGACGGACGACCAUCAACAAAGUUG